UAAUCUACUCCAGCGUAAUCUAUCACGCUGGUGCGGUGACGUCACAGGGUUCCAAAUAGCCUAGACCUUCCGCCGCGCUCGCGCUUCACUUUGACCGGCGUGUGAGUGUGUGAGUGAGAGAGAGAGAGAGAGAGAGAGAGAGAGAGAGAGAGAGAGAGAGUGAGUGAGUGUGUGUGUAUGUGUGCGCGCGCGUGCGUGCAUGUGCCAGUCAGUGCUCCUGCGCUCAAAGCUGACUCCAUGCUUAAACCCAAACAGUAAAGUCGAAACAUCAAAAUCAACAACAACAACAACAACAACAACAACAACAAAGGUGCUCGGGUGUCCAGAAGUGGAUUAGGAGCUCAUUGUGGCGAUGAAGUUUUUUGGGUGCGGGUGCGACGCGAGGACCCGGGACGCGCGCGCGCAGUGAAAAACGCACGGAAAAAAGAGGCAGUGUGGUGACCACUAAAGGACCCCUAUGAGGUGAUUCCCACCUCAGCCACCCUCAGGCCCCCCACCUAACGUCAGCAGCAGCACGACUAAGGGAUGUCACAGGCGUUUAUUCUGAGCGUGAUCAUUUUCUUCGCCUGCACCCAGGUGUCCUCUGCCUUGUCCAUGAAACUUUUAAUGAGAGAGUGGAUGAAGUACGAAGAGGAGUGUCUCAGGAAUAACAGCGGAGAACCACCAGCCAUGGGUUUCGUGUGUAACAGGACAUUCGAUAAAUAUGCCUGCUGGCCAGAUGGUUUGCCCAACACCACGGUGAGCGUCCCCUGCCCCAAGUACCUGCCCUGGCACACAAAAGUCCAAAAUGGCCUGGUUUAUCUGGAGUGCAUGGCCGAUGGCAAGUGGGCCAAACAGAAGAACGCAAGUGAGUGUGAAACAAACGAUCAGGCCCAGACUGACACGCAAUACUAUUUCAAGAUCCUCAGUAAAUUCAGGAUCGUAUACACCGUUGGUUAUUCUCUCUCACUGGGAGCGCUGGUGCUGGCACUCGGUAUCCUGGUGGCUUUCAGGAAGCUGCACUGCAUGAGGAACAACAUCCACAUGAACCUGUUCGCCUCCUUCAUCCUCCGAGCUGCUGCCAUUUUCAUCAAAGACGCCUUGUUGGAGAGACCCCACAUCAACCCGGGCACCACCACGGACCUCGAGAUGGAGCUGUUCGUCAAGAACGAAGUUUUACAGCCAGAUGUGGGCUGCAGGAUUGGUGUAGUGAUGAUGCAGUACAGUAUCAUAGCAAACAGCCACUGGCUGCUGGUGGAGGGGAUAUACCUACACAACCUGCUGGCUGUCACCGUGCUGACUGAGGGGAACCACUUCAGCAUCUACCUGUGCAUCGGCUGGGGAGCUCCGCUGAUCUUUGUUCUGCCCUGGAUCGUCAUGAAAUACAUCUACGAGAACGAGAAUUGCUGGGAGCAGAACAUAAACAUGGGGUACUGGUGGAUCAUUCGGUCUCCCAUCCUACUGGCAGUGCUGAUCAACUUCUUCAUCUUCAUACGCAUCAUUAAGAUCCUGGUGUCCAAGCUGAGGGCUCACCAAAUGAGAUACUCCGACUACAAGUUCCGGCUGGCGAAGUCCACCCUUACGCUCAUCCCCCUGCUCGGUAGCCAUCUGGUCCUGUUUUCCUUCGUCACCGAUGAGUCUACCUCGAACGGCGCCAUCACCCUGCGGCUCACGAAACUCUUCAUCGACCUCGUCUUCAACUCCUUCCAGGGGCUGCUGGUGGCCAUCCUGUACUGCUUUGUCAACAAAGAGGUUCAGUCCGAGAUCAUGAAGUUCUGGAAGCGCUGGAGGCGGAUGGACAUCGACGAAGACUACCGUCACACCUAUAGCAACACGGCUCAGGUGUCCAACAACAAACACGUCCAAGCCGCUUCCAGCAAGCUGAGGCUGCAGGACGUCUCGUGCUCGAGUUCGGUCGUCUGCACGUCUGAGGAGAAGCAGCUGCUGGCGCUCAACUGCCAUAACGGCACGGACCGCCUGCGCUUCACUUCCAAGGCACCGGGCAGUACCAGCAGCUCCAACGGCACGCCGGCCGAAGAACCGAUGGUGUGCAAUCAAGACCCACGAGGGAGCAUCGAGAGCAACAUGUGAGGACACGUAUGUGUGUGUGUGUGUGUGUGUGUGUGUGUGUGUCAGUGAUUCUCACACACUCUCGGCUCCGAGCCGACGGUCCGAGCGAGCAGCACCGAGAUGGGUUUAAUGUGUAUUUGAGAGUGUGUGCGUGUGUGUGUGUGUGUGUGUGAUGUGUAAGUGUGUGUGAGCACCUCAGUGAUCGCUCGACGCUGGUGUGAGCUGUCCAUCUCAUGUGAGAAGAAAAAAAAAAAGAAAUAUAAAAAGUGUUCGGUUGUAACACACACCGCCACACCGUCAUCACACCACCGCUGCAUCUUCAGCACACGGACCUGAACGGACCUGGGAAGAGAAAAAAAAUACAAAAACCUCAAUGAAACUUACAACACGAACCUCAGACGGACACAGCAACCCGGACUGUACCUUUUCACCUCGGAUAGCGGUCAACGGUCCGGAUCGAUCCGACUGCGGAUCAUGGAUGCUUCGAUGUACAUACCGAAGUGUGAAUGAAGGAGAGGAAAUACAGUACUCGCGUGGGAUCUCCGGUGGUGUUUCCGGGUCCACUCUGACAGGACAGUGGUUCUGAAAGCCAAAUCGCGAUUAUGAACGAUUGCUUAGUAUUUAAAGAAAUGAUUUGUGACCAAGAACGUAAAAAUGAAAUGGACCGUCUCUAGUUUUAUCUUCGAUGUCGUCUUGGAGAACGAAAGGCGCUUCUUUUUUUUUUUUUUUUUUUUUGUCAUUUGUGUAACUCGUCAGGUUUAAUUAUUGCCAUUUUUUUGUUUUGUUUUAAUAUACGGUCUCAAACAGACGAAGAUCUACUCAUGCAGUUCGGAAGGUGUGCCUUUUUUUUUCCCCCCCAGAUGUGUAAAAAAAAAAAAAAAAAAAAAAAAAAACACAACAAAGUCGACCUCACGUGAUUGGUCCCCGUCGGUCAGGUUUGGUUAGUCUAUUAAUCGACAGGUUGCGAGUUCAUUUUUAUUUACGAGACUAACGUAAGCCAAGUAGGAAAUUUUCCCACAGUGAGAGAUAUCAACGGUGCUAUCUUUUCCAGCGAUUUCACAUCUCGCGCCGGCUUUCUAGAAUAUUUCCUGACCCUAAGACGUACGGACCAUACGCUUUCGCAUUCAAGCUGAUAUGAAAAAAGAAAGUAACUCACUCGACACGCUGUCGCCGUCGAUGCUCUCACCAGGCCUAGCUAGGAACGGCACUGACUAGCAUACUAGCGUAGUGAUUUAGCAUAGCUUACGAUUCCGAUUCGAUUUUUUUUUAUUAUUAUGGAAUAAAGAUUGGGUCUAAAAGACCGGUGUGAAGAUCGGUGAUGAUGAGGAGGUUGUUUGUAUAUACGCUGUAGCUUUGGAGCCAGAAGAAUCCAGAGCGGCUGUUUGCUGCUUGACUCGAGUGAGACCUCGCAUCGCCGAUCGUUGAAAGCGUGAAAGAGUGAAAUACGGGCAGUUGAAUUCGAUGUAAGUCCGCUAACGGGAUGAAACGUUUAGCCACCGUGUCUGUUUUCCUUGCGUCUCCCCGCCUUCGCGAUCCGAUCGGGCAAAAAGAGCUUGACGUCGCACGAACGUUCCACAGGAUUAGAUGUAAAAUGUCGGCUCCCCGUGGAGUGUAAGCAGCCUAAAACCUCACGCAGCAAAACACACGCAUCGUUUUUUACCAGUCGAUGUCGUGCCCGUCGGUCUUAAUUAUCGAUAGACUAUUGAUACUUCGUCAAAGCCCUAAACAUUACUAACAGAUACGCGGCAUUAAACGUGACGCAGAAAUGAUGUGCAUUUGGUCCGUCUGUUCUUUUUUAUGGGCUACUGUAAAGGUAUACGAUACACAACGAUACAAAAAGAAAUCCGUGCACACGCUCGCACGAACCCACAGCUGCUCUAGCCAACGCUAGACUGUGAUUACCCUGUAACACAUCUACGAAGGUACGGUCUAGAUUAGCAGGAACUCCCGACGCGUUAUGUUAAUACGUUACCGUGAAUCACCGCGACGAGCCAACUGGCACACGAGCGGUUUUCCCUCCGAUGGGGUCACGUUAAAAAUAGCCUGACCUUAGUCGUGCACUGAAAAAACAAAUACAGCGUAAAAAGUUGGGCUCGAUGCCUUAACUGGGCAUCGUGCCAAAUCAGAUUGGCCGAUUGAUUCCUCUUCUUUUCUCACUUGUUAGGGUGUCACGUAAGACGGUCGGUGUCACGAACGAAAAUCUCUUUUUAGGUCCUCAUGGGUGCGCCACGAAGCCAUGACGGCUCAGCGGCCGUUACAGUUCUGAACAAACUACAUCGACUUGAUCAAAAAGAAAAAGGGGGGGAAAAAAAACAGACGCAUUACUGCAGUCGUACAAACAUGAGCUCAGAACGUGUGCAAUCGUGUGUCUUAAUGGAAAACCGCAGCCACAGCGCCAUGUCGUGUGCGUGUAGUGAGAAUAAAGACUAGGAGGAUGAUGACAAGGAUGAUGACUCUGGGUGGUGGGGGAGGGGGGAGGGGGGGGGGGGCUUGGCUGUUUGCACAAUGUUAAUUUAUAAUUGCUAAAAAUGUAGAUAUCUGUACAUCUUGCCUGAAAUGUAAUAUGCCUUACUUUUUUUUCUUUUUUCUUCUUUUUUGUUGCAUGUCUGUAAGUCCGUGUCUGUUGUGUGCACAAUGCAUGUGGGGUGUUUUGUACCUGUGUGGGCCUCCACAAGGGCAGGGUGCCAUUUCUUUUUUUUUUUUUUUUUUUUUUUUUUUUUAGAGCCAACCUUGGUGUUAGAUGUGUUCGGAAUAGCAUCUUUCUCGUGUGCUACUAAACAUUAAAAGAAACCAGUUUUUUUUUU